ACGUCAAAUUGGUUCGAAACAAUAGUUGACGUUUCUAUGAGCUGAAUACAAUCAUUUCAAAUCAAAUCAAUUGCAUUUAAUUGGCUAUAUUGGAAAUGUUAACCACUGUUUACACCAAUAAAUCGGAGCAAAUGAGUAAAAAAAAGGGCAUUUGAAGCGAUUGUGUAAAAUGGCAAACGUCCAAAAAUUCAAGUAUGAUUCGCAUUUGACAGUUCUACCACUUGCCGUCUCACUCUCAUUCUCUCACUUUGAUGUAACCAGACCACAAACAGCAAACGAAUAAGAAGAAGAAUACGACGACGACGACGACGUCAACCAAAAGUCACACAACAUUCAACCAAAGACUCAACAAACUCUGUACGAUGUUUGUUUGUAUGUAUGCUAGAAAACGCUAAAUAGAAUAGCACACGGUGUGAACGGCGCGUUCCAAUGUGAGUGUGUGUCAUUUCGUUUUAGUGAGUUUUGUGAUGUCUCGAUUUGUCUGUGUAUGUGUGUAUAGUUUAAUGGCUGCCAUUGUACGAUUCCUUUGAACACAGUAACUUUUUUUUUAUAUUCGACCAGUUUUGAAUUGCGUCUGGUGUUUGCUGCUGUACGACAAGGCGUGCAAAUUAACAACAAAAUCUGUUUUCAAUUCCACAUCUUUCAUUCGUUUCAUCCCAAAUCACGUUGGAAAAUUUAGAUCAAAUUACAACACAACAUGGCGGCGAAUUCGAAUUCCCGAUCCGUGGACCUGGAUAAAAUAUGGACGACUCUGAAGGAAGGCAUCACGCAGAUUUACAAGCGAGAGCCCAGUCUGACCAUGGCGCAGUACAUGGAUUUAUAUACAUUGGUGUACAACUACUGCACCACGGUACAGAAGAACAGUAAAAAGUCCGUCAGCCUAAAUUCUGGUACAGCCAAAGGUGGCGGCGCUGAACUCAUUGGUCAAGAACUCUACAAACGCUUAAAGAACUUCUUAGAAAAUUAUUUAAUUGAUUUGUUAAAGAGCGGAUCAAAUUUGAUCGACGAAGAGGUGUUGACAUUUUACACCACAAAAUGGGUUGAAUACCGAUUCUCGAGCCGUGUACUGAACGGUGUGUUCGGCUACAUUAAUCGUCAAUGGGUUCGUCGUGAAUGCGAAGAGGGUCACAAAGAUGUCUACGAAGUGUAUCAAUUGGCAUUGGUCACAUGGCGCGAACAUUUGUUCAAGCAUCUCAACAAGCAAGUUACAAAUGCCGUACUUAAACUGAUUGAACGUGAACGCAAUGGCGAAACGAUCGAUUCACGGCUUAUUUCGGGUGUUAUUUCUUGCUAUGUGGAAUUGGGUGUUGAUGAAGAGGCACCAAAUGCACGUGGUCAAAAUUUGUCCGUGUACAAGGAAAGCUUCGAAGAUGUUUUCCUACAAGACACCGAACGCUUCUACUCUGCCGAAAGUGCCGAGUUCCUACGACAGAAUCCAGUUACAGAAUACCUGAAACGCGUUGAGCAACGUCUCAACGAAGAAUCAAAACGUGUCCAAGUCUAUUUACACGAAAACACACUCGCCAGCCUGGCAAAGACCUGCGAACGUGUCCUGAUCGAAAAACAUUUAGACAUAUUCCGUACCGAGUUCCAAAAUCUACUGGACUCGAAUAAGAAUGUCGACCUGGGUCGUAUGUACUCACUCGUGUCGCGCAUCAGCGAAGGACUCAAAGAACUGAAAACGGUUUUAGAAGAACACAUCCAUAAACAAGGUGUUGAAGUGAUUGCCCAAUGCGGUGAUGCUGCAAUAAAUGAUCCAAAAGUAUACGUCCAGACCAUCCUCGAAGUGCAUAAGAAAUACAAUGCUCUCGUUUUGGUCUCGUUUAAAAAUGAUUCGGGCUUUGUGGCAGCUCUCGACAAGGCAUGUGGUAAAUUCAUUAACACAAAUGCAGUCACAACGACCAGCAAAAAUACAAGCAAAAGCCCCGAAUUGUUGGCCAAGUACUGUGAUUUAUUGCUGAAAAAAUCCAGUAAAAAUCCCGAAGAAGCCGAACUCGAAGAUACUCUCAACCAGGUGAUGGUCGUAUUCAAAUACAUUGAAGACAAGGAUGUGUUCCAGAAAUUCUACAGCAAAAUGUUGGCCAAACGUUUGGUCAACCACACAUCGGCCUCGGACGAUGCGGAAGCAUCAAUGAUUUCCAAACUGAAACAAGCCUGCGGCUAUGAAUACACAAUAAAAUUACAACGAAUGUUCCAGGACAUUGGCAUUUCCAAGGAUCUUAAUGAUAAAUUCCGUCAGCGAAUAAAAACAUCCGAAGCGCCAAAUGAAAUUGAUUUCAGCAUUCAAGUUCUGUCAAGUGGUUCGUGGCCAUUUAGUCAAAGCUUUAACUUUUCAUUGCCAUCCGAGCUAGAACGGUCUGUACAGCGUUUCAAUCACUUCUAUGCCGAUGUGCAUUCCGGUCGAAAACUCAUCUGGCUGUAUAACAUGUGCAAAGGCGAAAUUGUGACGAAUUGCUUCAAAAAUCGGUACACAUUGCAAGCGAGCACAUUUCAAAUGGCUGUGUUGCUACAAUUCAACGAACAAACUAGUUUGACGGUUCAACAACUUGGUGAAAAUACCGGAAUCGCUCAAGAAAAUUUGCUUCAGGUGUUGCAAAUUCUUUUGAAGGCAAAAUUGCUGACAUGCUCAGACGAAGAAAGCAGCUUGACUGGAGCAUCAGUCAUCGAAUUGUUCUUGGCAUACAAAAACAAAAAAUACCGCAUCAACAUAAACAUCCCGCUGAAAACCGAACUGAAAAUUGAACAGGAAGCGACGCAUAAGCACAUUGAAGAAGAUCGAAAACUACUGAUACAGGCGGCUAUCGUGCGUAUUAUGAAAAUGCGUAAGAUUCUCAAUCAUCAGAAUUUGGUCGGCGAGGUACUCACACAACUGUCGACACGUUUCAAGCCCAAGGUUCCCGUCAUCAAGAAAUGCAUCGAUAUUCUCAUCGAAAAGGAAUACUUGGAGCGAAAGGAGGGUCAAAAAGACACUUACAGCUAUCUGGCAUGAUUUCACUCAAACUUUCAUCUACGCGUUUCAAUCGGAUUGUAUUUUUUAAUCUGAUAAUAGUUUAAAUUUUUUUCAUACAAACAAAACAAAAGAAGAAAAAAAACCACAACCAACUACAAACAAGUAAAAAAAAAAGUUUCCAAUUUUCGACGUUUAAGAAUCAUGCUGCUUUUUCCAUUCGCGUCUAAGAAACAUAAGCGAAAUUUAAAAUCCAGAAUUAACUUGUCGCCUUGCCGUUUUUCAAUUCAUACCGCUCACCGAUAGAUCGACCAAAUCGAAGACUAGUCUGCUGGAGCCAACUAACUCUAUCGAUUCCAUACACCGCAACAAAUAGUUUUCCGUUUAUUUUAUCUUUACAAAUCCAUUCUCUCUCUUUUUUGUUUUCACAUAUAUUUUUUUUUUCUUUUCGCUAUUUGCUAUUUGAAAUCACUUUAAACGCUAAAAGAACAUUAUUUUCCAUCGCCGUUUGUUGUUUGUUAUAUUUUUUCACUUAUAAUUUCUUUCCAUUUACAGCAAUGAUGAAACAUCAAAAACAUUUUUAGUUGACAUUUUGCAAAUAGAAAAAGAUCAAUGUUAAAGAAGCAGUAAAAAAAAAAUGAAAAUAAAUUUAAAUACAUUA